AUGACAGUCACGAAGUCCAAAGAUGGCAUCCCUGCAUGGGAUGGUACUCCGUCCACUUGGUCGGAGUACCGCAGGGCUGCCUACAUGUACGAGGAGACGGUGAAGUGGGAAAGUCGCUACCUAUGUGGUCCACGGCUGGCAGCCGAGCUGACUGGAGCGGCACGCACCGCAAUAGCAAACAAGAAGCGAGGCUGGCUUUCGUCCCAGGAUGGCGUUGGCAAGCUUCUGCGCUGCUUGAAAGAGACGAUGAGCGAGCCAGCCCUUCCGGAGAUCUCCAACCAGCUCAAGACCUACUUCAAGCUGCUGCGGCGCCGCCGCGGCGAAUCCAUGGUGUCGUUUUGUGUGAGACACCGGGAAGAGUACGCACGGACCUGCAAAGCCCUGACUCGCGUGAUGCGAGAACAAAAGUCACUUCCUGACAUGACCAGCCAGGCCUGGCACUCAGGACGAAGACAGUCGGUGUCUACGGCAAGGCCAUCCACAGGGGGGGGCUCAUCGGACCUUGCCACCGAGGGUGACACCGAGGCGACGCCCACUGAGGACUAUGGUGAGGAAGCCCAGGACGAGACCGAAUGGACCUGGGAUGAUGCUUGGUGGUGGUCGACGUGGGAGACCACAUGGAACUGGAACCUCCAGUCCAAUACAAGCAUCGCCGAAGAAGAUGAAGAUGAUGAGGAAGAUUUCGUCGAGAUCCUGCCGGACGUCAUCAAGGGUUGGCUUCUCCUGGAAAAGGCCAACCUGGACGGCAUGGAGCGCAGUCUGAUUCAGAGCGAGGUCAAGAACAAUUUCUCUCUCGCCAACGUUGAAGUCGCCCUUCGGAGCCACUUCACUGAUGAGACAAUCAAGAAGCGAGAUGGAGAAGCCAAACAGGCUCUCUAUGAAAAUGAAGAAGAUGAGACGGAGCCAUGGGAAGAAGACACCAGCUUCUACGAGGACCUCCCCGAGGAUGCUUUAGCCCUGUACCAACAGGCUAAACAUGAAGAACAUGAGGCCUGGGCUCAACUACAGCAAGCGAGGGUGACCCUUCGCGAAGCUCGGGCCAAGCAGCAUGAGGAAGCAACCGCGGCUCAGGUGACCAUGUGGCCGGACAAGUCCAUGAAGACACAUUACUUGCUGAGCAAGACGGAAUGCAUCCAGGAACUCGAGGCCAAUGGUCAGAAGCGCAUUGCAUGGACGGAGUUCACACUCCCGGAAUGCCGGAUGCUGGUUCGCGAGUCUCGCGAAGCUCAGGGAAUCAUCAAGCCCAAGGGGGCUCCCAACAACCUUGUCAAGGAGAUCAACAAUGCAAAACUGGGCGAGCUACGCUCAAUGUGCCAGGCCCGCCAGAUCGAACAUCCGGCCAAGGCCACGGUGGGGGAGCUGCGCUUGAUGCUCAAGUCAUGGUUGAUCCACAGCGGCAACAACGAGACACUGAUCGACUUUGGAAAGUACAAGGGCAUGAGCUUCAUGGAAGUGGCUCAACACGAUCCGGGGUACCUCAGCUGGGCUCAGGCCGAGGUGGGCAACUCGGACACGGCGGAUUGGCGGCUUCGACAACUCGCCAGUUGGGCCGAGAGGAUGGAACACAAUCCUCUCGAGAAGUCUCAGGCACCAAUGAAGAACCAGGGGGCCGGCUAUCAUCCAGCCCUUACCAACAGUCGACCAACAGUGGCCAUUGCUGCGGGGUCAUCGAGCAAGAAUGUGGAUGCCAAGACAAGUGCAUCGGCGAUGACCGAACAAGUGAAGGACAUGAUGGAAACCAUGAAAGCCACGCAAGAGGAGCUCGACGAGCUCAAGGGCAAGAAGCGCCACAAGACGCCGCCUCCCCGAGCUGGAACAUCGGUGGCAUCCGACGGGAGCUUCGUGAAGAUGGAUGGCUAGGCCACCAUGACGAGUGGAAACACUUGUCGCCGCAAAAGCUUAGGUCCCUUGAACAGGCGAGCGAGUUGGUCCUCUCAGAGGCCUGGGCGUCCGUAAGCGACGCCUCAAGGCUGUUUCUGAUGGAACUCGCAUGUUCACCAGACUCACUCCUGAC